GUGUUGCAAAGCACUACUUUAAAAUAAUUGUGAAUUGAUUUGUAUGUUAGUCAAAACGUUACACUGGUAUUGACAUGUAUGAGCAUAACUGGAACUGGUGUUUGACUUUAUUUUCAGAUUGUUUUACUUGAGCUUUUGGAAUAUAUGUUCCCGGAAAAAAAAUGUAGAAAUUACUGUGCAAGAAGACACCGACGCCUUACAUUGUUUCAAUUUUACUGACCCGCCGACAAUACCGAGGCUAUAAUCGACUCGAGUCACUCGCUCGAUGAAAUUAUUGCCAUCGUUUCUAUUUGACCAACCAAUUAUCGGGUAUCGAGAGGCGACGGAUGCGUUAUUAUUAUUUUUUGCGACAGAGUAUAAGAUAUAUUCGAUAAUACGUAUUUUGGCCCGAGCUGCAUUCAUGUUUAGUUUUUCGUCGUCAGUGGAUUGCUCAGUUCACGAAUGGAGAUGGUUAAUCUGAUGGCGGGUCUCCACGGGAGCUGUGUUUGGCGACUCCUUUUUUACCUUGUAUUGAUUCUGUUUCUUACUGAUGUCAGCUGUAAUGGCCAGCAUAUUCACAACUGUACAGAUCUCGUACUGACCGAUGGCACGUUAAUCAUCAAUACAGACUGUGGUGUUUGGUAUCUUGUUUGUGACGACAACAUGACGUCAUGCCUGCCAUAUAACGUCACGGAUAGUGAAAAUGGGACGUUUUCGUGUGUUUAUUACAUGGACCUGGAUUUGGAACUGACUCUGUUCGCAGACGUAGGAAGCGGAGUUGAUACUACCCCAUGGCUUUCGACUACACUAACGUCGUACACAAACACAACAAGCGACAACACCUCAACCUCGGAAGGAACCGAGAGCAGCAUGACAAGCCCAAGUACAGGAACUCAAGAAACUACAGUUCAACCUGAGAACACCGGGAGCACAACCCCUUACUCGACUAUGCAAUGCCAAUCAACGGGAACACAAGGAAUAGAUGGCGCAUCCUGUUCGCCAGGUACCCAACAAACAUCCAGUAGUGAGAGCAUAAGGACAGGACCCAUGGACAGCACUACCGAAAUCUUUGGCGAGAAUGUAACCGAGGUUGAGAACGUAACCGAGGUUGAGAACGUAACCGAGGUUGAGAACGUAACCGAGGUUGAGAACGUAACCGAAGUUGAGAACGUAACCGAGGUUGAGAACGUAACCGAGGUUGAGAACGUAACCGAGGUUGAGAACGUAACCGAGGUUGAGAACGUAACCGAAGUUGAGAAUGUAACCGAGAUUGAGAACGUAACCGAGGUUGAGAACAUGACAGAGAUAAUCGGCACCGAUAUGACUACCACAAUUGACUAUACCACGACUGAUCCCGAGUCAGACCAAUCAGAAUGUGACCAGCUUUUCAAUUCAAAUGUAAAUCAGCACAUCAUUCUCCGUGGCAGUGUAACAUAUCAUAACUACACGGACGACUUCAACCGGACGUGGGAGUAUGGCGUCGCUACCUUUAACAUAAACGGUUCACUUUAUCUCGGGCCAUCGCUGAGAAUCGAGGUCCGUGGAGAGAAUGCGAUUCGUGUGAACAGCACCUUCGGUGACGUCAUAAUAAACACAACAAUUGAGCUUGAUCGGUUGAAUUCCAGUUCAUUCACAGUUCGACAUAUGGGUGGGUUUGGAAGUGCCAAUGGCCCUGGUGGAGCAGCUCCAAACUCAUCUGAUGGGGCGGGGCAUGGGGGAAUGGGUGGGGCCACCAACCCCUCAACACUCUAUAGCAACGCCUACUUACUGAACGACACGGAUCAUCUUCUUGGUGGAAGCGAAGGUGGAACAUCACGAAAUUGUACGGGGGUCGAGCAAGCUUAUGGUGGUGGUGCAAUUGAGAUUAUUGCAGCUGGUCUCAUAUACAUUGAUUCUGAAAUCAAAGCUACUGGAGAGGAUGCAGCGGAGUUUACCCCAGAAGGACAAUAUUGUUGUCUUGGUGGUGGCAGCGGUGGGCUUAUUCGUCUUAUUGCUCAAUACAUCUGCAUGGGUGAUGGUGGAUUGUUGAACGUUGAGGGUGGAAAUGGAUCUUCGGCAAGCAAUGGAACCACAUUGUGCGGAGGGGGCGGGGCAGGUGGUGUGGUGCAACUUUUGGCCAAUGAGAGCUGUCUUACCGCAGACGCAGUGAACGUUCAGGGUGGAGUUGGGUUUAAAAAUGGAGAUCAGGGAACGAUGACAAUCAGCGGAUCACAAUGUUCAGAAGGCGAGGGUACCAAGAGAAAACGCCGCAAGAAAUAUAAAAGACGUGGCAGAGGCAAAGGCGAUGGGAACGGAGGAAAUCAGACAGCAUCUGAUUCUGGAUCGAGUUCAUCUCCUGUGACGUCAGAGGGGGAAAUGUCCACGGUGAUGACAACCAGACUGAUGACUACACCGAGAGAUGGAACUGGAAGUAUUACAUCAACCACUACUCCAGCAACUUCAUUGCCCACCACAUCUGCAUCAACCUCUGAAACGAGAUCGUUAACCCCUUCUUCAUCAGGCACAUCCCAUACAAUAUCAGCAACAAGCCUUACAACAUCCUCUAUAAGCCAUACAACAUCAGCUACAGGCCAUACAACAACAGCUACAACCCAUACCACAAUGCACACAACUACUCCAAACAACACUGUCGUUCAACAGGAACUUGCUAAUCUGAUUUCAUCGCUUUCAGUGAGUUCUUCGAAUACAAGUUCAAACACCAAUAUCUCGUCUUCUGAGGCUGCUAGUCAACUCAGAGAUCUCGAGAAUGCAGUGUCUAAUGUAGCACUCGAUCUACUUCAAGACCUAGCAGACGAUGAGCAGUUAAAAACAGCGAUCACAAUCGGCGAUACCGCCGUUGCGAUAGAGAUUGUACCAGUGGAUGACUUUGAAGGGUCAUCGUUUCCGUCUAGCGAUUCGAACUCCAGUGACACCAGCAUUACCAUCCCGACCGUGGUCCUUCCUGAAAAUGCCACCGGUCACUUAGUGUCAGUUUUUAUCCUUCAUACAAGACCGCCCCCUCUCGGUGGAAACCUGGUUGAGAAUAAUCGAUCUGAUGUACGAUUUCAACUCAACAGCCAAGUUAUAAGUGCAAGUGUCUCAUUGGCAGAUGAUGGCGCUGUCGCCUUCAACGAACCAAUCAGGAUCGUUCUUAGAAAUAGUCAAGAAGACGGUACGGGAAACUCAUCACAUUGUGUCUUUUAUGAUUUUUCCGCUGAAAAUAAUACAGGGGCGUGGUCAACUGAAGGAUGUAGAAUAAGUGAUACCAACGCUACUUACAUCACAUGUUCAUGUGAUCACUUGACAAAUUUCGCCAUUUUGCUACAAAUAAACGACAUCGAGAUUUCAGAGAAGGAUCAAUUGAUACUUCAACUCAUCUCUCAAAUCGGCAUUGGUCUUUCUCUUAUCUUUUUGACGAUUGGCUUCAUUAUUAUUGCAGCCUCGUUGAAAUCUUUACAGAAUAGAGAGGCUGCCAUUAUUCAUCUCAAUCUUAUGGCAUCUAUGAUUAUUGGUCAUCUCAUAUUCAUUAUUGGAAUAGAUGAUGUUUAUUCUCAGAAACGAUGUAAGGCUGUGGCGAUGCUGCUUCAUUUCUUCUAUCUGGUGACCUUCUUUUGGAUGCUGACGGAAGGAAUUCAUAUCUACUUCCGGGCCACGCGUGUCUUCAAGAACACAGGCUAUCAACUUAAGAUAUACCAUGCGAUUUCAUAUGGAACUCCCUUUUUGAUAGUCAAGGUGACCGCUCUGGUUGAUAUCGACUAUUACGGAACAGCUCAAGCUUGUUGGCUUUCAAGAGAGAGGGGUGCAAUCUGGGCUUUCGCUGGGCCCGUGGUAACCAUUAUAGGGAUAAAUAUCAUCAUACUAGUGAUCGUGUUACAGACAUUCUUGACCAUCAAAUCUAUUAAUAACAAGUCAAAGUUUGAGCAAGCCAAACGAUCAACAAGAGCUGCUGUGGUAUUGCUGCCACUCCUUGGAAUCACAUGGAUCUUUGGUUUCCUAGCAACCGGAUCAACAACCAUCUUCUUCCAGUAUGCCUUCGCAUUGUUGAACUCUCUCCAGGGGGUCUUCAUCUGUUUAUUUCAUUGUUUUACGAACGAUGACGUCAGGAAGGCAUUGAAGCUCAAAUACAGGCGAUCCAAACGACACUUUGACGCCAUCGAGAGUCAUCACUCGAUGAUUGAUAGAUUUCGGUCAUCGACAAACACGAAUAAAGUUUCAAUUGUUCGCAGGAAAGAAGCUUUUGUAGAGAAGUCCAAGAUUUCAACGACUACUACCGAUACGUCAGUGUUUUGAUUGCAGUAAUCAGAAGAAAAUCUGACUGGAAAAAGAAAUGUGAAAUAACCCAAGAUUAUAACUUCAGUAAAAUUUAAAACGCACUGACAGGGCUACUUAAGGCUGAAAGUAAUAAUAUCAAUAUGAGUGAUAUUCAACGAAAAAAGCGCUAAGAGAAAUACUUAAAAUCUGGAAACAAAUAAUGAAGUUAUCUAAUUUGUUUAAAUGUUAGCAAUAUUUCGUAAAAUAGUUGUAUGAAUGUCACCCUGAAUAUGGAAUAUGUUGGCUGAUGAUGUGUCCCCAUUUUAUAUUUCUUUUUUAUUACAUUAAAUCAUAAUUAUUUCAUAUUUUCAUAGAUGUAUGUAUGAUAUGUCUCCGUUAUAAUGAAAUUAUUUGCAGCAAUAAUGUCUUACGCGUUAGUAUUCAAUCCGCUGAAAUGUCAUAACUUCGUUAUUCAUCAUUCGAAUUUGACGAACUUUUCAUGUUUUGUUUUGUUUGAUUUUAUUCUCCCUUUUAAAUCAGUUAUUCAGCCUGGAAUGCCCUUUACUCAACAUUUUAAUUUUGGAUAAUUAAUAUCAAAGUUUGAAGCCCGACUCAUUCGUAACUUUUUCAGAAUAAGUUAGAAAGUGGAUCAGGGAUUUAGGUGGGAAAAUUCUGAAAAAACCCCACAUCAUCAUGUGAUAAUAUACACGAAUCGAAAAUUAAGAUUUUCCUAUAUGUACAGUAGGUUAUUUAUGUUAUGUAGGUUCGGCAUUUAAUAUCUAAAUAGCAAGCAAGUGUCAAACUUUCAAAUGUAUUGAUAAGAGCUUUUUUGUCUUUUUAAAGUUUUGUUAAGAUGGUUAGAAUAAACUGAUAGAAGUAUAAUGUAAAAAUUAAGAUUUCGGCGUGCCUUUUAUGUCUUUCACGUUUUUAUUAGUGUGAGUUCAUUAUAAUAAAAAGACAAUGAUGUUAGAUAAUUUAAAUAUGAGUAUUAAGACGAUCCUAUGUAAAGUGUAUUUUGAAUGUAUAUUUCAGGGUAAUGUACAUGCAUAUUAUGAGAAAGAUAUAUAUUAACUUGUAAAUAUCAAUGUUUAUUAAAUCUAACAGUCGGAGUAUUUUUUUUUGGGGGGGGGGGUUAUAAUUAUGAAAGAUAGAAAUUUUUAAAUGAUGUUACUGUUAUUUAUAUUUAUUCAAUAUGACUUUAUAAUACUUGAUUAGAUGAAAUAAAAAAUAGGACUCAAAAGAGUCCAGCCUUUACUCAGUACUUCAAGAUUUAGGUGUUGGAAAUAAUAAUUUGUUAUGAAUAGAAACUGAAAACAGCUUAUCCGUCAUAUCUAUUUUAUCAAAUUAAACUUCAAAGAGGAUUUUAAAUCAUUUGGGGUUUGUCAUCUUAAUAAUAGAAUUUCAUACAAUUAUCACGCUUUGAUAUUAUUCUGUGAUAAUGAUGUGUGUUAAUUUUUGAAAAAUAAUUAUAUGUAAUUUCUUUAUAUUCUACUUUGAUGUCAUCGUGUCUUUUAUAAUGAAGUAUGACAAUAUGAAAAGUAUGUGUGCAUUUAAUUCUUAAAAGAAAAAUUCAUUGCUAAUGGAUAGGUUUGUUAUCGGAAGGGUUUAAUGGUCUUAAAGAAACCAUAAUAAAACUCACAGGAAACUAUCAUGU